AUGAAGCAAUUCCCCGUCGUGUUGGUGGUUGCAGCGCUGUGUGUGCAGAGAGCGACAUCUCUGUGGUGCUACCAGUGCGAGAACGCACAUUAUCACAAGGACUGUAAAGAGGUUAAGUGUUCAGAUAUGGACUCCUAUUGUGUGACAGCAAAGAAUGAAAUUACUGGUCAGGAGGUGUCAGUCUCCAAGUGGUGUUCCUCAACUUGCCCGAAGUCCAGCGAGAAAAAAGGGGGGAAAAGAGAAGUGAGUUGCUGCCAAAGUGAUUACUGCAACGGCGGUGCCAGCGGCGUCAGAAGCAGUUUUGCCCUCCUGGGCACAGCUCUGCUUGCCAGUUGCUUCUACGUCCUCCGGACGGGGCUGUGA